AAAUCGUUCCACAUCACAGAAACCUCAGACUCACUUCGGGAACGACUCACCCAACAUAUCCAAAAUAAAUUCCUGAUCUCAAUCUCCUUCUCUCGCUUACUCGAAACCGUUUCUGAACAGCCGGAGACAGAUAGCGAGAUAGAGGUCGAGAAAUGGCGCAAGCUAUGGCUUCGAUGGCUGGCUUAUGCGGUUCCUCUCAGGCCGUUUUGGAAGGCAGCCUCCAGCUCAACAGCUCCACCCGCUUGAGCCUACCGGGCAACAACCGUGUAUCCGUGAGCCGAUCUGGUUUCACCGUUAGAGCUCAGCAAGUAUCAUCGGAAGGUGAGUCCGUCUCCCAGAGCAGCCGACGUGCUGUCCUUGGGCUCGUUGCCGCCGGCCUGGCCACUGGGUCUUUCGUUCAAGCUGUGCUUGCCGAUGCUAAGUCUAUCAAGGUGGGCCCUCCUCCACCGCCGUCCGGUGGACUGCCGGGAACUCUAAACUCGGAUGAGGCAAGGGACCUCAAGCUACCACUGAAGAAUCGAUUCUACCUUCAGCCACUGACACCAUCAGAAGCAGCACAGAGAGCAAAAGAAUCGGCCAAGGACAUUGUUAGUGUGAAGGAAUUGAUAGACAAGAAGGCAUGGCCUUACGUCCAGAACGACCUCCGUCUCAAGGCUGAGUAUCUCCGCUUCGAUCUUAACAUCGUCAUUUCUUCUAAGCCCAAAGACCAGAAGAAACCCCUUAAAGAGCUGACUUCCAAGCUCUUCCAGACCAUCGACAAUCUGGACCAUGCUGCCAAGAUCAAGAGCACUCCAGAAGCAGAGAAGUACUAUGCCGAGACUGUGUCAACCCUAAACGACGUUCUUGCCAAGAUUGGUUAAUCAAUGUGAGAAGGAAUUUCUGUUUGUGUUGCUGUAAUAUCCUAUAUUAAUUGUUUCUUUUAGAAGACACUUCCUGAUUCGAUGUAAUUCAAAGAGAAUUUGCUUUUUGGAAGUCUGCUUCUCAAAAUUAUAUAUGUAUUAACUUUAUGGACAAUAGUCGUAGUAGUUGACUAGUAGUAACUACAACACUAUUAAGGAGACAAAUGGGACAAAUAUCUACAUAGAAUGAACCCAUAAAUGGAGGUAAUAUUCGAAGAUCAUAUUCAGGUUGAA